AUGACAUUGGAGGAUUUCGAAAAGGAGCUGGCUGCAAGUCAGAGGGAAAGGGAGCGCGAGAAAAGCAAGGAAAAGCAUCGAGAGAAGCACCGGGAUCGGGAUCGGGACCGUGACAGGGACCGCGACAGGCACAGAUCUAGAGACAAACAUAGAGAUCGAGACAGUGACAGAAACAGAGACAGAGAUAGCCACUCCUCCAAUUACCAUAGCCAUCACCAUAGCCGUCAUCACUCGUCCCGACACAGCAAUUCCCAAAAUGAGGAUGAAGACAGACACAGACGCAAACGCUCCCACUGCUCCAGCAGCAACAGUGGUGAGGAUUGCGAGCGUCCACAUAAACACAGAUCAAGGCGCGAGGAGAGUGGGAAGGGUGAAGAACCUGAUCCAACAGCAUCAAAUACCGCUCCACCAACAAUUCAUAAACAAGAGCAAGGACUUCAGCGCGAUUCGUGGAUGGAAGCUCCUUCCACACUGGAUAUAGACUACGUUCAGCGGCCCAAGCCUCAACAGCAGGAAUCUCCCACAAAGCGGAUGCUCCAGGUGGAUUACAAGCUUAGAUUACAUGAGAGGGAGCUUAAUCGCCAUUUACAUGAUAUUAAUGAAGAGGAGGAGCCUGAGACUGAUAAACGAGGGAUGGAGGAGCCGGUUAAACAUGAGGUGGACUAUACGUUUGGCGAUGCUGGCUCCCAAUGGCGGAUGACGAAGCUGAAAGCUGUAUAUAGACAGGCAAAAGAAACGGGGGCCAGGAUUGAGGAUAUUGCUAUUGAGCGGUUUGGGGAUCUCCGUUCUUUCGAUGAUGCGAGAGAGGAGGAGAUUGAGCUGGAGAGGAGGCAGAUUUAUGGCAAUGGCUAUGUUGGUAAGGAUAAGCCUAGCGGAGAACUUUACCAAGAGAGAAAGCUGCAGAGUGGUUUGAGGGAGAGAGAGGACAGAGAUGUCCGGAGGGGCGAGGGGGAGCUAAGUGAUCUACAGUUGCACCCAGGACAAUCUGUUGAACCCAAGCCCAUAGUCCCACAGCAGACUAAACAACUCAAUUCUACGGAUCUAAAUAGGUUGAAAGCGCAGAUAAUGAAAGCAAAGCUACGGAAGGCGCCGAAUGCAGCAGAACUCGAGGCGGAAUACAACGCUGCAGUGGAAUCUAUGGCGAAUCGAAAAAAUCCCGAUGUGGUGGUCCUUGGGGUUAUGGAAAAUAGGUUGCUCGCCGGAGGUGAAAGGCCGGAAGUUAGGCCAGUUGAGAACAAGAGAGGAAAGGAAAGAGGUCAAGUAGAGGAAAAUGAAGACAUUACAAUUGAGGAUAUGGUGCGAGAGGAGCGUAGGACUCGUGGCCAAGCCGGAGGGGAGGGACAACGGUUUGCGGAGAGGAUUGCUAAAGAUGCCAAAUUCGAUAAUGACCUCGAAUACAUGGACGAAAAUGCCGCGAAGCUGGCUAAACGCGUACAAAAAUCAGAAAUUAACCUCAAAAAUACAGCGAUCAAUGAAUUCCAAAAGAUGAACCGCAUCCUCGAUAGCUGCCCACUCUGCUACCGCGAAGACACAGAAACGCCUCCCCUUGCCCCUGUCGUGUCAUUGGCAACCAGAGUAUAUCUUACUCUCCCUACGGAGCCGGAGCUCAGCGAGGGAAGCGCCUGCAUCGUCCCGAUCCAACACCGGAGAAACCUCCUCGAAUGCGACGAUGAUGAAUGGGAGGAGAUCCGAAACUUCAUGAAGAGCCUAACGCGCAUGUAUCACGACCAAGGGCGGGAUGUAAUCUUCUACGAGAACGCAGCACAGCCGCAGCGUCACCGACACGCUGCCAUGGAAGUCGUUCCUCUCCCUUACAGUCUUGGCGAGACCUCGCCAGCCUUCUUCAAGGAAGCCAUCCUCGCCGCCGACGAGGAGUGGACGCAGCAUAAGAAGCUGAUCGACACGCUGGCACAGGCACGCGCGGGGAUGGGGAAGUUAGCGUUCCGCCGCACCAUCGCGAAGGAGAUGCCGUAUUUUCAUGUGUGGUUUGAGCUGGAUGGUGGGCUGGGCCAUAUCGUUGAGGAUGCCAAUCGGUGGCCCCGUGGGGAUUUAUUUGCCCGGGAGGUUAUAGGGGGCAUGCUGGACCUGGAGCCGGAUGUGAUCAAGCGGCAAGGACGAUGGCGGAAGGAAGGUGAUGAGAGAGUUGAUGGGUUUAGGAAGCGGUGGAAGAAGUUUGAUUGGACAAGGGUGUUGACAGAGGGGUGA